AUGACCCGAAAAUACCAUCCCAUAGAUGUGGAUAGCAAAGAAUCGUUGGCCAUUUUUACAUCCCACGCCCCGCCCACUUCAUUUGAACGCGUUGAGUACGUUUCUCCAUCGAACACGCGCCAGCCUAAGGCGAAGGAUGGACACAAGUUACUACGUCGAGGGAAACAUCGCAGCAAGUUUUUAGUUGGAGCUUUGGCAUCCAUUGUCUCAGUUGUGGCGAUUUUGGCCUUGUUGGCUUUGUGCCGGACCAGCCAAAGGAGACUCAAUUUCGGAGGAUCAGUGCGAAGAAACCUUUCGGAUACGGAAGAUGAAGACAGGAUGUCGAGGAUUAUAGACCAAUGUCUGGAUUUAGAGGAGGAGCUUGGCCUUGGGCCAGCUGCUUCGCCACCAAACCAUAGGAAAUCAUGCAAGCUACGGAGUGACAGGUACCUGGAAAGUAAAGGCAGGUCAGCGAUGCGGUUUAUUGCCUCACGCGGGCUGGAAGGUGAAGCUCGCCCUCCUCCACCUAAGAUUCCUCGACUUAAUGAGUCAUGGGUGUCCUCCCCGCACCCGCAGAUGUCUGCUGGAGCCUUUCCGUCACAUCCUAGCGGAAUGGCGAUUGGCAGUGCAGUCAGUGCUUUGGAUGCAGAUGCGUGGGUGGAGGAGGAGUCUGAGCUAAUGUUGGGUGAAGGGGGCCACCAGUGGUACACGACAAAGGAGGAUACGCCAGGGCCGGAAUUAAGUAGGCCGCUGGUUUCUUUCUCUUUGGGCAGAGCUCAUAGCGGUGAUUACGCAAUGAUGCCUGAUGCCUGGCUCGAAGACUCCGUGGCGAACACCGAUGAACAGGCCUUGCAACAAAUGGUGGUGGGCACUGUAACAGGACAUCCAAAGGGGGAGACGAGUUCAGCAGCUUCAAGCAGUGCAGAUUCUGUGGGAACGUUUAUCAAACCUACAGGCGGGAAACCAACGGGUGGAGUCGAUCACGGUGUCGUACGUCCAGCUGUCGGUCAGGAGAGUGGUGGAGGUAUGUUAGUACAAAUGGAAACAGGGCAAAGGAUUGACAAACCGAAGGGCUCCAUUGCCUUUACUUCGCAUGCUCUGAAGGAGUCGGGUUCUGCUACAGCUGUGGGGGCAACCAGUAGUGGAGGUGGGGAGCCCUGUAUGUCUAAGCACAUUCAUCAGCAUCCUUUCGUGCGGCUGCCAGCGGUGAAUCCGGAGGAUAUCCGCAGGCAUUUCAGCGAGUUCAUUUUCCUGCCAUUUGAUAGAAAAGCGGAUAGUCCGAUGGGGGCUUACAUGAUAAUGCGCAGAUUGUUUGCCAAGCCUUUGCUGACGGCUGGAGAUGUGGAGACACUCAUGGCCAACGCCGAACAAUUAGUAAGGUACGCAACAUUCAAACUCACACGACCAGAUAACAUCCACGCAGCUAGCCGCCGGUUUAUGAAACUGUCGUCCUUGUUUAUGGUAUUUGACCACCUGGUGUGCACAAUUGAGCUUCUGGGGGAGAAGAUGGAUACCGACAGUUGGUGGCCUGGGUUUGUAACGAAGUUCCAAACGGAUUAUGAUCUUCCUGAAAAAGCGAGAAUGAAAAGAACAAGCAUGCUGAGCCAGCUAGUAAAUCGACUGAGUCGUGCGCUAUCAAUAUAUAAGCAAAGACGACGCCCGCCACUUCAGGAAGUAAUUGAGCUGAAGAGGCUCGUUAUUAGGGAGGCAUACAACAUAGGCCAAAUGGCGAAUCCACUGUGGCAGCUCUGGAUGCAGGAUGAUAAGGAAUUCUCUUCUUCUAGUACCGCUCCUGAUAGCCUCCCUGACGGUCGGGCGCACGGUCAAGGAGAACCCAAGCUGCCAUGA